AAAGAACGAAAGAGGGAGUGAGAGAGAGAGAGAGAGAGAAGAAGAGAGUAACAACGAUAGGAUCCACACCAACACUGUAUAAAAAUGGUAGGAGCAAUUAUAGAGAACAUGAGCACCAAAAAACUCUGCAUUGUUGGAGUGAUUUUGCUCAUAUUCCAAGUGGUCGCUUUUCUGGUUGGAGGAUUGAUACCUCCGAGCCCCACAACGGGAAUCCCCUACUUGGCCACAAAAUGCGUGGACGUGAGGAAGAACCAGGUGGGCUCCAAGUGGUUCAUGCCCUGGGGCCCGAGCCAGUGUGAGAAGAAAAUCCAGGAUUUCUCUGAGGCCAAAGACCAGGACAUUGGCACCAACGAUAUCGUCUUCGCCAUUCACAUCCCCCACCCCAACUGGCAGAUGAGCCCCUGGUUCCAGUUCCUCCUGGUCAUCCUGCAGUUCGACAUCAUCUACACAGCACAGAACCCUAUUCGACAAGGAGCCAUGGUAACGCUGGAUGUGUCGCUGGGUUACCGUGAUGACCAGGUGAGCGAGUGGACUGAGAUCGCCCACUCCAUGGAGAAACGGAAACUUACCUGUAAUUUCACGUCUCUCAAGCCGGAGAUUGACGACGGCCGUCAAUACGACUGUGAGCUCCUGCCAUUCAUGGAGCUGGGGAGCGUGACUCACAAAUACUACCUCAUCAACAUGAGACUCCCCGUCAACGAGGACAAGUUCAUCAACUUGCAGAUCGGGCAGCUCAAGGACAUCCGCUUUGUGGCCAUCCAUCAGAAUGGGGGCUUCACCAAGGUCUGGUUUGCCAUGAAGACCUUCCUCACCCCCAGCAUCCUCAUCAUCCUCGUCUGGUACUGGAGGCGUAUCACCAUGUUGAGCCGCCCCCCUGUGCUGCUCGAGAAGAUUAUCUUCGUGCUCGGAAUCUCCAUGACCUUCAUCAACAUCCCAGUCGAGUGGUUUUCAAUUGGAUUCAACUGGACCUGGAUGUUGCUGUUUGGGGACAUCCGUCAGGGAAUCUUCUACUCCAUCCUCCUCUCCUUCUGGAUCAUCUUCUGUGGCGAGCACCUUAUGGACCAGAGUGAGAGGAACCGUCUGUCUGUUUACUGGAAGCAAGUGGUGCCCAUUGCCUUCGGCUCCCUCUGUCUCUUCAGCUUCGACAUGUGUGAGAGGGGGGUGCAGCUGAAGAACCCCUUCUACAGUAUUUGGGCCACAGACGUGGGGACGGAGCUGGCUAUGGCUUUCAUCAUCGUGGCCGGGAUUUGUGCCUGUCUCUACUUCCUCUUCCUCUGCUUCAUGGUUUUCCAGGUUUUCCGGAACAUCAGCGGGAAGCGCUGCUCCCUCCCAGCCAUGUCUAAGGUCCGGAGACUCCAUUACCAGGGGCUGAUUUUCCGGUUCAAAUUCUUGAUGCUGGUCACCCUGACCUGCGCUGCCAUGACAGUCACCUUCUUCAUCAUCAGCCAGGUGAACGAGGGCCAUUGGAAAUGGGGCGACUUCACGGUUCAGGUGAACAGCGCCUUCUUCACGGGCAUCUAUGGCAUGUGGAACCUGUACGUCUUCGCCAUCAUGUUCCUGUACGCUCCCUCCCACAAGUGCUACAGCGAUGCCGGCCAGUCCAACGGUGACCUGGGGGUGAGCAGUGGGGAAGAGCUUCAGUUGACCACAACCAUCACCCACGCUGACGGCCCGACCGAGAUCUACCGUCUCGCGGGCAAAGAGGCUCAGGAAUAGGCCGUGAGGGAUCAGCAACUCUCUUUUUUUUCUCUCUCUCUCUCUCUCUCU